GUUUUGGCGUGUUUUGGCCCCCGCGUCCUGGGUGACAGUGGUUCGGUCCAGUAGUGAAGGCGAAGCUGCAAAAAAGAACGAUUUGUUUUCAAGGAGAGGAAGAAGCGUCGCCGACGUCCAGCGCGGCUGCAUCGCUUCAAACAGAAACGGUUUGAACAUUUCUAACUGCUCGCUGCUCUGCCGGCCCGCCAUGGCUCUGUGCGGGGGUGUCGGAGCCAUGGCUUUACCCAGCGAGCUCAUCGUCCACAUCUUCUCCUUUCUGUCCCACCGCGACAAGCUCCGGGCCUCGGCCGUGUGUUCCCGCUGGAGGGAGUGCCUGUUCUACCCCUCGCUGUGGACCGAGCUCAAACUGCGGAUAGGCGGCGACGGCUGUAACGGCUCCGAUAAGACGGCCAAGGUGGACUUCCUCAUGCGGAAGUUCGGCUCCUUCGUACCGGAGCUGGAGCUGGAGCUGGCGCCGGUGGAAGGGAACCUCAGCCCGCUGAGCAACGACCCGACGGCCGCCAGGAUGGAGCAGCCUCCCGGCGGCCAGGAGGCGCACCAGCGGCGGAGGGACGCCAUGGCCACCUACUACUUGGACCAGGUGUUGUGUGUGUUCACCGGCAUCCGCAACAAUAGAAACCUGCAGAAGCUGAGUCUGUACGGAGACACCUUCAUCCUGCAGCAGGACGGACCGCUGGACAUGUCCAGCCUGCAGCAGGUCCAGCAGGGGGACAAGAAGAUCAACGAGGUCCAGCAGCUGUUCAUGGAGCUGCUGUCCAACAGCCGCCAGCUGCGCUGGCUGUCGUGCAGCUUCAUGCUGGACGUGGUGACGCCCUGCUCCCUCUCCUGCCUCUCCAACCCUGCAGCCGAGACGCUGCAGCACCUCAGCUUACUGGACGACCAGCUGGGCCCCCUGAUCUCCCCCUCAGAGCUGGACCGGCUCUCCAACCUUCACUCUCUGGCUCUGGAUUUCUGCGACUUCACGUCGGAGCUCUGUGGUCUGCUGGCAUCGCCACGACGAGCUCCCCUCCACCGCCUGUCGCUGCUGCUCAACGGCGCCGCCCUGGAGUUCAAACCGCUGGAGGGCACGGCCACAGAGGACGACUGGAAGGCGCUGGUCCGGGUCAGCGCCAACCUGCGCGUUUACGUGAUGGCUCUGGAGGUGGACAGCUCGGACCUGCUCCGCGUCCUGAAGCCCAGCCUUCCUCUGGAGCGCCUCCACCUGGACAGCUACAACACGCUGGUGACGCACGGCGCCCUGGAGCUCAUCUCCCAGCAGUACAAAAAAACCCUGACCCACUUCCUGCUGGUGAGGGACGGGCCCGGCUUCCCCGACCUCGGCGUCAACUGCAACGAGGAUCCGCUGGUGCUGCUGGCGUGGCGCUGCAAACAGCUGGCCGUCCUGGUGAUCCAUGGUUACACCAUGUGGUCCCAUAACCUGGUGGCCAUCUCCCGCCUGCUCGGCUCCAGCCUGCGCGUCCUCAUCGUCUCUGAGGAGAGCCUGGACUUCGACCCGGAACAGUCCUACUACAUGGAGGGCGACCCGGUCCACUACCUGGUGAAGCAGGUUUCUAAGAGCCUUGACCUCGACUGGCACCCCUGCCUGGACUUCGCCAUGGUUCUGCCCGAACCCACCCAACACUUCCACCGCGAGCUGUGCGCCUUCAGCGCGGGCGUGUAGCGGCGCCGGACGGACCAGACCAGCUGGAAACACAGCAGACCUGAGUAAACCAUGCAGAGCUCACA